UCCGUAACGUUCACACGAUUUGGAGGAAGCUACAUUUCCCGAAACACAGCUGGGGCUGCCCUCUCGGACAGGACUCGGUUCACGGAUCGCUCGCCAUUUUUUAAAACCAUUUUCCAUUAAAGGACUAAUUUACUCAAUUAACACUUCAAAGGCGUUUUGUUUACGGCAGCACAGCUGUCCAUGAUGAUGGAUAUGGAGGUGAUGCAUUCCAAUCAACAGGACAUGGACCUGAUAGACAUCCUGUGGAAGCAGGACAUCGAUCUUGGCGCCAGGCGGGAGGUGUUCGACUACAACCACCGUCAGAAAGAGUACGAGCUGCAGAGGCAGCGCGAGCUGGAGGAGGAGAAGAAGCUGCAUCUGCUGCGGGAGCAGGAGAAGGCCCUGCUGGCCCAGCUGCAGCUCGAUGAGGAGACUGGGGAGUACAUACCUCGUCCGCCACCCAGCGCCCCUCUGCAGCCAACUGGCACAUCCCUGGAGGUUACUCAGAAUGUCAGUUUCACAGAGACCGGUGACAGCAUGUCGUUUGAUGAAUGUUUGCAGCUUCUGGCAGAGACGUUUCCUGUAGAGGGAACUGAGAACGCAUCCGUUUGCAUGGACACACCUGCUACCCACAGCAACAUCAUGAUGUCCCCCGAGCAGCCAGCCCUGUCGCCAGCCGACCUCCCCUCAGCUCAGCUGGCACUGCCUCAGAGGAUGACUCCAGAUUUGGAGCAGGCCUGGAUGGAGCUUUGGUCCCUCCCCGAGCUGCAGCAAUGCCUGAACAUGCCUAUGAAAGACACGAUGGAGACCACAUCUUAUCCACUUUCAAACAACCCUGAAGUUCAGAGUCCAAGCUACCCCAACUAUCUGCAAAUGCAAACUCUUAUUUUUAACCCCAUGACCACGGUCUCAGAUGUCAAAACAAACAGUCUGAAUGUCCCCACAGAGUUCAUGAAUACUUUUGAGGGCUCCGUUCCCAGUGUGGCUCCAUCUCAUAACUUCAGAGAGGUGAAGCCCGAGGCCUCGCAGCUAAAUUCAAGCUUCAGCGCAGACGUGUUUUAUCUCAACACCGAGCUGGAAGAGAGCAGCGGCCAACCCAGCCCAGACAUCAUUGAAAGUACGUCUGAUGCUUCAAACAAGCCCACCUAUACAUCCAUGGACCUUUACAGCCUUUCACCUGGAGAAUCAUUCGACAAAAGCAAACAGAAUCUGACAGAAGAACAUCCAGACUCAGAUUCUGGAAUCUCCAUCCAAGGAAGUCCAAAUUCACCGAGCAAAUCUGCGUAUGGAGGCGAGUCCUUUAGAUACGAUUCAGAGAUGGAAGACAUGGACCACAGUCCUGGGAGUGCAGAAUCUGAAUACUCUGAGAUAUUUCCACUAAAUUACCAACUUGAUAAUCCAGAAUCAGAAGUACCAGCGUCAUCAACUGGGGAGCCAGAACAAGAAAAGAAACCCAAACAACACACAGUGGAUCCGGCAGAGAAGAGCGGCCACAGCGGUGCUCCUUUCACCAAAGACAAACCCAAAAGACGCUCGGAUGUGCGUCUCUCCAGAGACGAGCAGAAGGCCAAGACCCUCAAGAUCCCAUUCACCGUCGACAUGAUUAUCAAUCUGCCAGUCGACGACUUCAACGAGCUCAUGUCCAAGCACCAGCUCAACGAGGCCCAGCUGGCCCUGGUGCGCGACAUUCGCCGCCGCGGCAAGAACAAGGUGGCUGCCCAGAACUGCCGCAAGCGCAAGAUGGAGAACAUAGUGGGUCUGGAGGGCGAACUGGACUCGCUGAAUGAGGAAAAAGAGCGCCUGCUGAAAGAGAAGAGCAAGAACAUGACAGACCUGAAGGAAAUGAAGCAGCAGCUCACAAGCUUGUACCAGGAAGUCUUCAGCCUGUUGAGGGACGAGCAGGGAAACUCGUACUCCCCUCUGGAAUACUCUCUCCAGCAGUCGACCGAUGGCAGCGUCUUCCUCGUCCCUCGCAUUAAAAAGACUUUCAGAAGUGAAGACAACCACUUAUCUCCUUUGUAACAUGGUACUGCACUAAGACAAAACUAUGCAAUAAUGUUGCAUCUACUCAGCUUUAAGCUUUAGCAGCCUACUGUAGUUUCUGCUUAUUCUCCUCGAAUGUUGUAAUAUUUUUGAUAUUUUGUACUCUAUAUUCUAUCAGAUUCCUUAACCAAUACUUUGUAAAUAUAAACACCUGUUCUAGAGUUUGAUGAAAAGGUUACUGUAUGUAUGUGUGUAUAUAUUGUAUAUAUAUCUAUACCUAUAUGCUAAUGAUUGUUUCAAUCAUUACCUCUUUUAUAAUCUUCCCUUUGUUCGAUGUCCAGUUUUUUUUAAAUCUCGUCUUUUAUUCUUUCAAAUAAACUCCACAAAUUUGCUGUA